AUGCCAGGAAUUGGGAAAACAAGUGUCAUCAAGCUUGUCAACAAUGAACUCUUAAAAGAUGCAAACCAGUUUAAUAUUGUUGUAUGGAUCACUGUAUCAAGGAAAUGUAGUGUUAUUGAACUACAGAAUAAGAUUGCACGGGCAAUUAGUGCUGUUAUUUCAGAAGAUGAAGAUGAAUCAAUACGAGCAGGGAUAUUAUCUGAAAUAUUUGCUCAAAAGGGCAGGUAUGUGUUAAUCUUAGAUGAUGUGUUGGACAAUUUUUCUCUGGAGAAAGUUGGAAUUCCUGAGCCUACUGCAAGUAAUGGGAGUAAAUUAGUUCUAACAUCCCGAUCAUUGGAUGUAUGUUCGACGCAUGGAUUGUCAAUUUUAGUGCCACUUGCUAGAUCCAUUGCUGAGCGUUGUGUUGGUUUGCCUUUGGCAAUAAUCACAGUUGCCAGUAGCAUGAGAGGUGAAUAUAGCCUUCCUAGAAGGAGGAAUCCAUUGGAGGAAUUAAAAAGGAAUGUACAGACUGUCAUGGAUGUGGAUGUUAAAAGGCCAUGGUAUAUCAGCAAAUUAAGAUUCAGCUACGAUCGUUUGAAUGAUCCAAAAUUCAGAAUUGCUUUCCUCACUACUGCAUCAUAUCAUGAAGAUUAA